UGACAAUGGCAGUCCCUUCACUUUCCCUUUCCCUUCUCUUACUCUUCACAAUCGCUCUAUUUUUCCCAUUCCUCAUUUCCUCUUCCCCUGUUCAAGACCCUGAGCUUGUAGUCCAAGAUGUUCACAGAGCUAUCAAUGCGUCUAGGAGGAACCUUGGGUAUCUGUCGUGUGGAACCGGGAACCCCAUUGACGACUGCUGGAGGUGUGACCCCAACUGGGAGAAGAACCGCCAGAGGCUAGCCGAUUGUGCCAUUGGGUUCGGCAAGAACGCCAUUGGUGGAAGAGAUGGUAAGAUUUACGUUGUUACCGAUUCGGGCGACGACGACGCGGUUAACCCGAAGCCCGGGACUUUACGACAUGCUGUGAUUCAAGACGAACCGUUGUGGAUAAUUUUCGCUCGUGACAUGACCAUCCAGCUGAAAGAAGAGCUGAUAAUGAACUCUUUCAAGACCAUCGACGGCAGGGGCUCCAGUGUUCACAUUGCCGGUGGUCCAUGCAUUACCAUUCAGUUCGUCACCAACAUCAUCAUCCACGGACUCAACAUACAUGAUUGUAAACAAGGAGGGAAUGCUAUGGUGAGGGACUCCCCGCGGCACUUUGGUUGGAGGACGAUAUCGGACGGUGACGGUAUUUCCAUCUUUGGCGGUAGCCACGUCUGGGUCGAUCAUAACUCGUUAUCAAACUGCAACGAUGGUCUGAUAGAUGCCAUCCACGGGUCCACCGCGAUUACCAUCUCCAAUAACUACAUGACUCACCACGAUAAAGUCAUGUUAUUGGGGCACAGUGACUCCUAUACUCAAGACAAGAACAUGCAAGUCACCAUUGCUUUUAACCACUUUGGUGAAGGCCUUGUCCAAAGAAUGCCAAGAUGUAGACAUGGGUAUUUCCAUGUGGUGAACAAUGACUACACCCAUUGGGAAAUGUAUGCCAUCGGAGGAAGUGCAAACCCAACAAUAAACAGCCAAGGGAACAGAUUUACUGCACCUGAUAACAGAUUCAGCAAAGAGGUGACGAAGCACGAAGAUGCACCGGAGAGUGAUUGGAAGAGCUGGAAUUGGAGAUCUGAAGGUGACCUAAUGGUGAACGGAGCAUUCUUUACACCUUCCGGCGUGGGGUCGUCGUCCAGCUACGCCAAGGCUUCGAGCUUGGGAGCUAGGCCAUCAUCACUUGUCGCAACCAUUACAACCAAUGCCGGUGCACUUAGUUGCAAGAAAGGUGCACGUUGCUGAUCAUAAUGAUGGCGCCCAACACAACACUUUAUUACAAAGUGGGUCAUUGAACUCAUUAAAUUUAGUUAGAGAGAAGUGAUUUUUAAAAGCCUAAUGAAGAUAUGGGAAGGGGAAAGAAAAGCCUAUAGUUAAAUGGAUUUGCAUGGCUUUUAUCUUUUUUGUCUUCCAAAUUUUACUUUUGUUUGGGGCUUGUUUUGUUUGUCUGAUUACAACUGUCGGCCUGUUGCCCUUAGAACAUCUUGGGAUUCCCUUGUAAGAAUCGUGAUGCGUUUUGAGAGAAAACAAGUGCUGAUGUGUUGAUAUAAUACUAAAUUUCUAAGUUAAAUCUUUAU